AUGAAGUUCAUCACUCUUACCAAUGUGUCCCUCCUCUUGUUAGGUUCUGCCGUCGCCGAACCCAUCGUUUACAUGAUUCGGCACGGCGAGAAGCCUUCCGACGGCAGCAAUGGUCUCAGUGCAGAAGGCGAAGAGCGCGCUCAAUGCUUGACCACUGUCUUUGGCCCUAGCUCUUCAUAUAACAUUGGAUACAUCUUGGCCGAGCAACCCAAGUCCGAUGGCUCCCGUGAACGCCCAUACGAAACCGUCGAGCCCCUCGCCGAAGAAUUAGGUCUUACCGUUGAUACCUCCUGCGACAAGACCGACGAAAAGUGUGUCAAGAAGGCCGUUGAGGCCUAUGAUGGAGACGGCAACAUUCUCAUCUGCUGGGAGCACGAUGAAUUGACCCUGAUUGCAGAGAAGUUGGGUGUUGACGAUGCACCAGACUACCCUGAUGAUGACUUCGGUCAGAUCUGGACUCUUCCUUAUCCUUGGGAUACUAUCACCACCAUCACUGAUGAGAAUUGUGCUGGCCUUGGUCAGUAA